AAGAAACUAUGAAGUGGUUCAUCUUCUUUGCUAUCAUUACGGUCUUAAACUUAACCAGUGGAUAUGAAAAAAGGGCAGUCACUUUUUCGUUUUCGUCAUUUUACGCCAACCAUAUGGUACUUCAAAGAGGAUCCCGUGGUGCAUCUGUAUGGGGACAUUCUCCGAAACAUGGUGAUAAAAUUGAUUUGUAUCUAGACGACCAACAUAGUGGAAGUAUAACAGUUGAUCCUCAUGGAAUUUGGCAAGGUGUUGUACAUAACCCUGGGGGAAACCAUGGUUACAAACUGACUGCUUCAUCCUCACUUGGAAAUAUAACUCUGAAAGAUGUAUGGUUCGGAGAUGUCUGGUUGUGCUCAGGACAAAGUAAUAUGGCUUUUAUUGUCGGCCAGCUCGCUAAUGCAACAGAUGAGGUCAGCGACACUUCAAGUCACCAGGAUAUUAGAUUAUUUAAAGCUAAACCACAUUUGUCAACAACUCCGCUCACAGAAUUUACCAGGACAAGCAUAGGAGAACAAUGGCUAUUGCCAACAGCAGCUUCUGUCAAAUAUUUCUCAGCUGUUUGUUGGCUAUUUGGAAAAUAUUUAUCAUCUCAUGUAAGUUAUCCUAUUGGAUUAGUAGAGUCAGAUUGGGGAGGUACUCCGGUAGAAGCAUGGUCGUCACCAGAUGCUCUUCAGAAAUGCAAUUCAACACAACGCCACCUAAGUCCAUCGCCAGUUAAUCAACAUUCUAAUAACGUGUUAUGGAAUGGGAUGAUCCACCCUUUCCUAAAAUCUACAAUAUAUGGAGCACUUUGGUAUCAAGGAGAAGCCAACUCAAGAAAUGCGUUUGAUUACUCAUGCAGAUUUCCAGCAAUGAUAGACGAUUGGCGCUCUAAGUUCCAUUCUGCUUCUCUACAGACGGUUGAUGCCAUGUUUCCAUUCGGAUUUGUUCAGUUAGCACCGAAUAGAAAUACGUCUGCAAUAGGUAGCUUUCCACUAGUGCGCUGGGCACAGACAGCAAAUCAUGGAAAAGUUCCAAACAAUCGAUUAAAGAAUGUAUUUAUGGCCGUUGCAUUAGACCUCCCAGAUUAUGCAUCACCACGUGGACACAUUCACCCUCGUCUGAAGCAUGAUGUAGCAGCUCGUUUAGUUUUAGGAGCUUUAGCAGUUGCUUAUAAAAAAAGUGGAAUUGAUUAUCAGGGGCCUUAUCCUUCAUCAUAUACCUUGCAUCGUGAUAGCAAUACUCUUACUAUAGAAUACGACAAUGGACGAUCACCCAUUGAUGUAAGAAACACAAACGGAUUCCAAAUAUGCUGUUCAUCAUCUCAUAAAGUUUGUCAUGCAUACGCACAUGAUUAUGGUUGGACCAAUGCACCAAUUAAGAGUCAUGAUACAUCAAGUAUAACUUUGGAUACAUCAAAAUGCAGCCUAAGUCAUCAUUCUAUUGGUGGUAUACGAUAUGAAUGGAGUGAAAGUCCGUGUGAUUUAAAGCAAUGUGCUAUUUAUGGGGCAGCAAACUACCUUCCUUCUCCACCUUUUAUUGUAACAAGACUUUUUCAAUAAAAGUGAAUCCUAAAAUGUUUUUCUUGCAAUGACGUCAAUGUUCCAUCACCUGCUCCCCAGUCUGAAUACGAUGUGAAAACCACAUCUUAUACUAUACACAUUAAAACAUGAUACAGAACCUAAAGUUGAAAAAAACAUUUUAUGGCAAAUAUAUAUAUGUAUACUACAAGUAGCAGGUGACAAAAAUCUACUAUUUAUUGCUGAUUUGGUUUUUCAUGUAUAGCAUGCGAAGCAUUACAAUCCAACAGCACCUGCAUAUCGAGUAUAUCUCUCCCAGUUGAUGGGAUUCCAGGAUUUGCGUUUCCUAUCAUGGUUUCCUUGAUAGAGGGUUGCUGCUUGUAAGGAAGUUAUAACAGUUUAUCUAGUAUUUUUAUCUGUUCUGGUAUUUAUAUAAGGACAUUUUUAGUAUUCACACUCCAAAUA